CUGACGUGCUGACGCCAUUCAAUAUGGCGGUAGUAGAUAACGUCGCGACGUCGUCAUAAAUACAUUGUCUUAAAUUAUUUGUAGUGCGUCACUAAAUUUAUUUUGUUUUUGCUUAUUUUCUCAAAAUCGGUUCAUUCACUCUGUUUAUAAUGAGUUCUGCUGCAUCUACCCCAUUGUUUGCUUGUUCUCGCUGUUUCUCGAGACAUCCUUUCGAAGAACUGUCUCCAGGAGAACAGCUCUGCAAGGAAUGUCGCGGUUCUUUUCCUGUCGUCAAGUGUACGUAUUGCCGGUCGGAGUUUCAACAAACAAGCAAAUCAAAUACUUCUUCAAUAUGCAAGAAAUGUGAAGCUAAUGUCAAGGCCUAUGGGAAACCCUCAGCAUGUGAAUAUUGCAACACCAUUGCUGCCUUCAUUGGUAAUAAAUGUCAGCGCUGUGCAAACUCCGAACGCAAGUAUGGCCCAGCAGUCACGUGCGAGCAAUGCAAGCAACGCUGCGCCUUUGACCGCCAUGAUGAUAGCAAAAAGGUUGAUGGCAAGCUGUUGUGUUGGCUGUGCACUCAAUCUCUUAAGCGGGCACUGGCGCGGACCAAACAGCAUAUCUCUUCUGUGGACAAGCACAAGCAUAGGGGACACAAAUCAAAAAGCAGUCACAAGGAGAAACGUAAAUCUGACAUGAUGAAAUCCAUCAACACCUCCGACUCGUCGCUGAACGACUCGCAGCCGCUGGAGAAGAAGUCCAAGAUGAACCCCAUGCAAGGUAACCGAGGUGAAGUGGACCCGAACAGUUCCGACCACGUGGUGGCCAUGACGCAGCUCAAGGAAACCAUCGCCAGCUUGCAGAAGAAAGUCCAGCAGAAGGAUAACGAACUACUGGCUAAGGAUAAACUGAUAACCGAGCUAAAGGCGCAGCACCACAACAACUCAACCUACAUCCAGAACGAGAUGAAGAACAAGGAGCGCCUCAACGAGACCAAGUUCAACCUCAUGAACACCAAGAUCCAGAGCCUGCUGAAGGAGGUGGCCACCCUCAGCAAGUCCGCCAAGAAGAACAACAAGAACGCCAAGAUGGCGCUCAACACUGAGAACAGCGGCAGCGGGACUGACAGCCCAAGCACCAAUUAGGACAAUUCAUUAUCGGGGCCUAUUCUUAAUUUGUUGCAGGUAAAUGGGAAAAUCAGAGAUUCAUGUUCGAUGUGUUGCCUCUGUCGCACUUGUAAAUUCGUACGUAAGUGAUAGGGAGGCACAGACAAGACAUCUUCCAGACUGAGCAUAGUAGUUCUACCCCCUCUGCCACAAAUAUACGGUAGUUUUACUCCAUUUUCGAGUCAAAGUGUCUUUGUGUGACGCCCGUGUCUUUGAACGGACCAAUCACGGCACGGGACUCGCUCACUUCGUCCCCCGCACCCCCGUA